AAGAGGAAAAAGGGGGGAGAGAGAGAGGAGAAGAAAUCUCUCUCUCAUCACGCUUCCUCUCUCUUCCUCUCUCUCCCGCGAGAUCUAGGGUUUUCAAAACCCUAGGUUUCGUCGUCUCUCGCUGUUUCUGUCCCUGGCACCUAGGGUUUCUUUGAUCUUGACGAUUUCGCGGCGAUCGAGGAUCGACCUUAUACUCGCCGUUCUAUACAGAAGUCGGAGAAGAAGGUCAUCCUAUCGAGUUCUCGCAAUCCGCAACACAACAAGUGUCAUCCUAAGAAACACCGACCACAAAAAAGAAGAAGGCUUACACGCGGUCCGAAAAUUGGACUGUCCACGAGGAUAAGCUGCUUGUGUCUGCUUGGCUGAACACGAGCCAAGACGCCAUCCAAGGUACGGGGCAACACAAAGAUAAGUUUUAGCACAGAGCUAACGACUACUUUAUCCAAUACUCCACCGAUCCAACGAAUCGCACACCAAACCAAAUGAUGCACCGUUGAUCAACGAUUUAACUAUCUGUCAACAAGUUCUGCGGGUGCGUUGCUCAGAUUGAAGGAAGACAAAGAUCUGGUACGGGAAUUAUUGACCAGACUGCAGAAGUAAAAGAAUUAUACCAAUCCUUUUAUAGUAAGCCAUUCGUGUUUGACCAUUAUUGGGUUGAGUUGCGUCAUCACCAAAAGUGGAGCCAACAAAUGAAAAAUUACAAUAAGAUUCGAUCACAGCCGAGAAGAACCACGAACUCUGAUUCCUCACCAAACAAUUCCAUGCUAGCGACCCCCAUCGAGUUGAACAUUGACUCGGAUGAUGUUAUAGCAAGGCCUGAAGGGAGGAAAGCGGCAAAACUCAAGAGGAAACAAAAUGUGGACAAAUCUGAGUCCGCUAAGUCCAUUAUGGGAGAGGCUUUCGCGUGGAUGAAGCAAACCAACAAAGAAAAAAUGGAGCUAAAACAGAAGAAACAAGAUGACGAUAUCAUGAAGAUCGAUCUCUCAACACUCAAUUCAGUUCAACGUCAAUACUUUGAAAUGCGUCAGGCAGAGAUUUUGGAGAGGAGAUAACUAAGAUGGAUGACUGCGCACUUAGAUUCUGCCCCCUUGGGCAAAUACAUACUGAAAACAUGAGCGACACAAAGCCAAGAUUUCUGCAAGUUGGCAGCACAGUUUCUAGGGCUGAAGUUGUAUGCCCUCAACCUCGGCGUGCUACUAACGUUCCGUUUGUGUUGGACAGUCUCACUAGAUUUGUUCCCAAGGCAAAGAGCACCUUGUCUGUGCGUAAGGAAGACCAUGGCUUGAAAUUAUGGGAUGUCAUCCUCACAAAGGAUGAAUUAGACUAUGAUUCGGAUGCAGGCGCGCAAGUCGGCUUCUUAUGUGGCUCUCCACCAGUACGAACCAAUAACCCUGUAGUGCACGAUGCAGAAUUCACAAAGCUGACUCUUUUAUCAGCAUCUCCUCGAGGAGGCUGUCAUGGUAUGAAACCACAGAGACGCGAUAAGGGAUCUCCCUCUUACGGUUCACCCUUAGGAGCAAGCCCAAAGGUUAGGAUCGAGGGUUUUGCUUGUGGGAGUCCAGAAUCCAACUGGAUUGUUCCGACUUUUGCCUGAUCUGUAAGUAGUAUUCGACCAACUGUAAAUUCACCGCCACUGUAAAUAUUCACCUUGAGUACAUAAUCUAGUCUCUUCGGGAGUCCUUUGUACAUACGUGCAUGAACCUGAAGUCUGUAGGAGGGAGGUCGGAAAUGGGAGUCGGACAUUUUCUUUUGAGAUAUAUAUAUAUAUAUAAGUAGACGUGUGCAUAAUCAGCCUAGAUCAUGAAAUUGUGACCUUGGGUUUUUAUUCAUGGUUAAAUUUAUAAAGAGACAGUAUUCCGCUGUGUUCA